AUGUCUAAACGUAAAGUUAAUUCUGAAUUAUUUUCAAUGGAGAUUCCAGAAUUUACUAACGAAUAUAGAAUUAAACGUAGAAAUAAUGGACAUAAACAAUACGGAUUUGUAUCUGCAUUUUUAUACGACAAGCGAAAGCGAGAAAUACGAUUUGAGAUUUCGAAGAAAACUAUGGAUGAAUUAAAAACAGGCAAUGAGAUUCAGUUAAAAAUAAGCAAAGAGGAUAUCAAGAAAAUAUUCGAUGCUCCAGACGGGUUUGAUAUCGAACAUGUUGUUAAGUUAGAAAAAUGGGAUAUGAUUACUGGUGAUAAUUUACUAAUCUAUGAUAAACAAUACGAAAUGUUAUACAAACAGGAAGGUAUAUUUUCUGCUAUGUCAAGAGAAGUUUUUGAAGAAACAGGAUUAGAUAUCAAAAAGAUUUCCUGUGAAAUUAAAUACUUUGGAUUUGAUAAGAAGAUUUUUGAAACAGAUGGGAUAGUCACCCAU